AGAAAUGAAUAAUUAUGAUAUUUGUAUCUGUCUAAACAAAACACGAGUGACUAAACGACUGAAAGACAACGUUUUCACUCUUUGUAACUCGGCGCCACAUGCUCGCGAAAAUGAUGUGCCAAUCGUCUGUAGAAAUACACUUAUGUGUAUAACUCUCCAAAAAUAUGGCUGCAGGUUGUGUGAGACUGGUCCUCUGUCAUGCAGUGAAAACCGUGUACGGUGGCACUUUCGGAUACAGGACAGCAACAGCGCGGACGCUCAUCAGUAACGAAAAGACAUUCAUCUUUGCCAGCGCUCGGCGAUGGUCUUCCUUGGACACAGAAGCGGACGAUACAAAUCCUGCACCACAGAAGAAAAAAAAGCAGGAUCCUAGGGCCCGGACCACAAUCUCCAGUGUUGGCCGUAAGAUCCCGCAUCGGGAGAUCCGUGUGAUCAGCGAGGCGGGAGAAAACUUAGGUGUCAUGCACCGUGGAGAUGUGAUCCGACUGAUGGAUGAGAAAGGACUCAAACUGGUGCUCCUUGGUGAACAUCAGGACCCUCCGGUCUAUCGUCUGAUGAGCGGCAGACAGAUCCACGAAGAGCAGAUGAAGAUGUGGGAGAAACAGAAAACCAAAGCAGCUCCAGUGCAGGUCAAAGAGCUCAGCUUCUCAUCUGGCAUCGCUUCUCAUGACCUGACAGUCAAACUGAAGCAAGUGGAGACCUGGUUGGAGAAGAAACACCAUGUUAAGAUAACACUACGCGUGGGACGCAACACACCUACAAGCAACCCGGAUGAUAAUCUUCAGAAGAUCGUGGAACAAAUGGAAGUGAUGGUGGGAUUUGUUUCCAAGCCAAAAGUGAUACGCGACGGUCAAGCGGCCAUGUGUGUCCUCCGGCCACCUUCAGCAAAGGAACUAUCAAAAAACCAAAAAGAUCGGACUUCAUUGCCACAGUCUGAUAGCUCACAGCCUAACAAGGAUGAGCUGUCACCUCCUGUCAUAAAAGAGGAGUCUCUGCAACAGUGACACAUGAGAAAUAGAAAUAAAACCUAUUUGCAAGUCAAUAUUUGUGUUGGCAUGAAACAAAUAUCAUGCAGUAACAUUAAAAAGAACCAAUGAAGAGACUCGGUAAGUCCACUUGGGCCUUUACCUCAGUGGUAAUGUGACUGUACUGUGACUUAAAGGGAAUUUUGCCCAACGCCACAAUCUCUGUGUGAGACAUAAACACACGUCUUUCCAGCUAAACAGCUAAAAAAAAGACUUAGCUAACAAUGCAUGUAAUGUGAAACACCAAGCUAACCAAGCUACAGCGACAUUGUUAUUAUUAUUCAUUGUUAUUAACGUUGUCACGGUGAUGGAACUACAUUACUGCCGCAUUGACACUUAGCCACAGCACAUCAGUGCCUCAGACUUGGAAAAUGAAACCAGGAAAAUGCAACAAAAUGGUUGGCUGUGAAACACACAAGUGUAUUCAAGAGUCAAAUUGCUUGUUGAGUACGAUAAAUUUGUACAUGUUGGCAAGUCUGCACUAACAUUAAGUGUAGAGAAGCAUUGCUUUAAGCCGAGCGGAGAUACUCUGAGCGGGGGAAAUGUGCGAAUUCAGCAAUUUUUACUCAUGAAAAUGUUGAUUGAAAAGUACAUUUCUAACUAAGAAUUAGUUUUGUGUUAUUUCGUGAGAUGUGUGUGAGUGAUGGGGAGAAAAGCUCAGAGAAGUCAAAAAUAAAAUUUUUUGCAGUCUUAUAUUCAUGUCAAUAUGGUAGUGAAUAAUAUAAGUUGCCUGACUGUUUGGCAUGUUUCUUGGAAAAAUGUUUUUAAACAACAUCAAAGGCCAAAAAAAAAUAAUCACAGCUGUAUAUGUGAGUGACGGGAAGAAAAGCCCUGAGAAAAGUUGUGUGGCGCAAAAUUACUGUUUACGCCGUACAUUGUUCAUAUCUGAUGUCAUCUAUUUAUUCUCCACACUAUUAUUUAUUAUUAUAAAUUAAAUUAUAAAUUAAUAAAUAUAUUAAAUAUUAAUAAAUAGAAUAAAAAUAUUAAAUAAUAAAUAUAAAUCUAUCCAUCCAUCCAUCCAUCCAUCCAUCCAUCCAUCCAUCCAUCCAUCCAUCCAUCCAUCCAUCCAUCCAUCCAUCCAUCCAUCCAUCCAUCCAUCCAUCCAUCUAUCCAUCUAUCUAUCUAUCUAUCUAUCUAUCUAUCUAUCUAUCUAUCUAUCUAUCUAUCUAUCUAUCUAUCUAUCUAUCUAUCUAUCUAUCUAUCUAUCUAUCUAUCUAUCUAUCUAUCUAUCUAUCUAUCUAUCAGGGUAGUUGAUUAGAGAAAAAAACUAUUGACACCGCCAUGUAUCCGGCCUUUAUU